AUGAAAGCCAGAGUUAAGCUUAUAAGUCAUAGUCAAAAUUCUCACACUCGAGAUGCUAAUUCUACAACCCUUGCAGAAAAGAGGCCGCAACCUUCAGAAGAGCCAUCCGAAGAAGAUAGGACUCCAAAGGAAAGUAAAAUAAGUCGUUGGCUAAAGGUUUUAAGAAGACAGUUUGAUAUUUGGUUCCCUGAAACAAUACCAACAAUGAAGUUGAGAUACGAGUUAUUUAAGAAGAACUUCAUUAAAGAAGUUUUCAACUCAAAAGCAUUCAUGUACCCAUUUUUAGGAUUCUAUGAAGUACUCACAAAUACCGUUUACUGGAAACAUAUUUUACUGUUUGCUGUUUGUUAUGCUUUGAUUUUUGUUACCAUUGCUGGCUUUUUUUACGUCACCCUUGUACCAGUGUUAGUGACAUGGGCAAUAUUAUUAUUAGGCCCUCUUGGUGUUAUUUUAGUUCAUAUUCAAUGGAUUCUACAAACGAAUGUUUUAACUGCUUUUGUUUGCAGAACACUAGUGUUGACUCAUAUUACAAAUCAGAUAUUCGAUAUUUCUUUGGUAUUGCAAGAUCAAAACGAAUUCCUCAACGAGGUGAAGGUUUUACCAAAACUACAAAAAUCGCAUAGGAAAAUUGAUGAGCCUGAUGCCGUGAGAAAUUUCAAUACAAUAAAGGGAAAUUGGGCUUUUAAAGUCCCCAAACUACUAUUCAGAUUGUUUUUUAAACUGACUAAUUUCACUUCAAUAACACUUCUGUCACUAAUUCCUAUAAUAGGGCCCAUAUUAGCAAACCAACUGAUGGCCCCAAGAAGAAGCUUCACCUAUUUACAAAGGUACUUCCUACUAAAGGGGUUCAGUAAGAAACAGGCUAAAGAUUUCCAAUAUGAGCAUUACGCAAGUUUCAUAUGCUUCGGGAUGUCUGCUGGCUUAUUGGAGUUAAUACCAUUCUUCACAAUAGUCACCAUAUCUAGUAAUACCGUUGGUGCAGCGAAAUGGUGUUCUUCGUUGCUAAAAGGGGAAAGAGAGAAGAAGCAAGAUUAG